AUGGAUGUUAUUGAGAAUGAUAUUUUUUACAGGGAUUCACAAAGGAAUGCAGUAUUAUUUUUUAUAUUUUCUUUAUUUUGUAAUUUUAUAAAAAUAAUAUUAUUUGUAUUUAAUAUAUGGGUGUUUUGUUUUUCUACAUUAGUAACAAUAUUAUUUAUGUUUUUUGGAUAUUUUGGAGUUAUUUCUGAUAAGCCUUUGAAUAUUCAUGUUUCUAUAUAUAUAAGUACAAUAUAUGUGGAUAUAAUAUUAAAUAUGUUAAUUACAAUUUUCAGUUUUUAUAAAGUAUAUUUGAUAUCAGUAAAUAAAAUUACUUUUUUUGAAGAUAAUAUAGUGAAUCGUUAUUUUUUUUAUUGUUUAACAUCAGUAAAUAUAUUUUUCUGUUUCAUUUCGACAGUAUUAAAUAUUUUUUGUAUAUAUUACACAGAACGAUUUAAGACAUUUUUAAGAUUAUCUUCAAAGGAUGAUGAAAAAAAUAAAAUAUCUUUUCGUUUGAAUAGCUUGAGAUAUCCCCAAGGAAAUAGUAUGAAUGAAUAUACAAAUGAAAAGAAAAAAAAAAAAAAGAAAAAAGGAGAAAAUGUAAUGGACGGAAAUUUUGAAAUGAAUAGUGCAGAUGAGAAGAAUAAUUAUAUGAGUAAUGAAACCAAAUAUAAUAGUAGGAAUUUUAUAUAUGAUUUUGAUCAUAGAAAUCAGGACAAUAAUGAAAAGGUUAAUUAUUUAAAUAAUGGAGAUAAAAAUAUAGUAUGA